CUCAUCUUGCUCCACCUCUUUCGUUCCUUCCACAUCGCCGACCUCGUCUCUCUUUGAUUGCACACUCUUUUUGUCAUCGUUCACGCAUUCUGUUCAACGCCAUGUUCACCCAAACAAUUGCUGCUAUCCUUGCCUUGCCCUUCGUGGCCCAACUUGUUUCCGCAGACAUGUCUUGCACUCGCACUUACACCGCUCAGGCUGGCGAUAUUUGUGACAGUAUCUCGGCAGCUAACAGCGUUUCCACCUACCAGCUUGCAGUCGUCAACACUGGAAUCAUCGAUGAAGCUUGCGACAACCUCGUCGUUGGCCAGAGUUACUGCCUUGGCUGGCAGGGACAAGACUGCACGACCACCUACGUAGUCAAGGCAGGCGAUGAUUGCUACGGUAUCUCCUAUGCUGCAGGCACCAACACUACCAUCCUGUAUGCGAAUAACCCACAGAUCAACGAGGAUUGCACCAAUAUAUACGUGGGAGAGGUACCUCAAUAUUUCUCAGUUUCAACGCAGUUUCUAAAAGUCUCGUUUAGGUACUGUGCACAUCGGACUACUGUCCAAGUCCCUGCUCCUCCUGCUAGCGGCACUACCCCCGCUACAUCUAUCCCUGCAACCGCUACUCCUGCCAACCCCGACGGUGACCUCCCUUGGUGUGACGAGUAGAUUCUUUCAACUUGACCUCCAUCGACCUGCUGCAUCUGAUUAUAUGUAGCACGGAUCGUUAACGGCGAUGGCAAGCCGGUCAUGUCGUCGCUUUGGUCAUCUUAUUUCCUUCUUCAUUUUGAACUCCACGUUGUUUAUUUCUCACAUCCAAAGCUGCCCUGGUAUACCCAGCAAUAGUAACUUCAUUCUUUGACUUAUUGUCUGUUUAUUACCUUGAAUCCGUUGCAUGUAGGUAAUUCUGGAAAUUCCCCUUACAUUCGAGGGAAUAGAUUGCGGUCUUAUGGGCUUGCGUCCAGAGCUGCCCUGGUACUCAGCAAUAGUAACUUCAUCUUUCAACCUGUUGUUUGUUUAUUACCUUGAAUUUGUUGCAUGUAGGUAAUUCUGGAA